AUGCAGCGCGUCGAUCCAUCAGCCGAUGAGCUUUCGUUAGAAUGGGGGGAGGAUACGAUCUACUGCGAAGCGACAUGCGCCCCCGAGGAUGUCUUGUAUGAGGGAUCGGAUGACGAGGAUUACGAUAAUCCAAUCUCGCGCAAACUACGAUACGAAGAAGCUGGGCAGCGAUACCUCGACGGAAAGACACCUUUCCUUAUUACAGCAUCACUUAAGGGCCCGUUCGACUCAAAAUCCGGCCGUUGGGUGAACCCGUGGCGAUCCAAACACCGCACAUCCGGGACAUCGCAAGGAGUACGGACAUCACCAGGCAAAUUAUUGAGGUCGGCACAAGUGAAGCGCAAUGUGUCAAUUCCUGAGACGAUCCUCACGGUACCAGGCGACAGCCUAGAGUGCCAUUUGCCAAGCCCUGAGAGCCUCAAACAGUCUUCAGUUGCAGGAGGGCAUGCGUAUUUGGAGGAAGAUGAACUAGCUAAGGUCCAAGAGUGGAGGGAAGCGAUAGAACCUGGAGAUGUGACAAGAGACCGGUUCUGGACAUCAACACCACAGUCAUCAUUGUCAGCGAGAAAGAGGAAGGCAAAGGGAUCAUCAUGGCUAAAGCAUUUGGCCACCAAACGACGACGUACAGACAACACCCCUGUCCCACAACGAUCACAUCCCAUCACCAUUGUCGACGAUCAGGAUGACUAUGGUGAUGCGCCGACUAUAUCUUUCAACAGCGUCCCGGAUCGUCUACCUUCCUCGGCUCUUGCUGCCAACAGAUUCUUUGCGCUGUCCCAAGCUAACGAAGAAGCCAAGCAUGCAGAAGAUGAACUUUCUCGCGAUAAUACUGCGUCAAUGCAGGCUGCCGCCACUUUAUCAUCGCCGAUAUCGCAAAGACAACACAUGCCAGCCACCGGUCAAAGUACCAAUUGUUCUCAACACAGCGUGCAACGACAAAGUCAAAUCAAGCCAGCGUCCCCCAGUCAACAACCUUCACAAAACUAUGAUGCAGAGUCUUAUCUGUCCCUAUCCUCCUCAGAAGACGAUAAAUCUUCCAGUCCCUCGCCGGCUUUUGAAACACAAGAAGAUCAAAGCUUCUGCUUCAAGAUGCGCCCAAAGCAUAUCGCAUUAACUGAAAUCGUCGAAACAAGUUCUCUUGUUCCAACAUCAGUAUCUGCUGGAGAUCUCCAGACCAGCGUCAGUGAAGAGGAAUCUUGGUCCGGCUUGUCAUCUGUGGACGAAGCCUCUGGAGUACUCGCCCAGGACGACGAUACACCUCGAGGCAAGCCCAACACCGAGGGGCUGGAUAUCAAUAUGGCCGAUGCCCCUGUUACCGGACCGAUGGACUUGGACAAGCCGGGAAUGUCAAGUGAUCUGUCGUCAAUUUCCAGUCAAGAGUUUACUGGGUUCGAUCUCUCUGAAGAAACACCGGACGACCCUUGCGAGGUAGAUACUGCCAGCGAUUCGUCCGAGACUGGGUCAGACACAGCGAUAAUGUCUUCUCCUACGCCAGAGGAAGAGAUGGUCAAGAUUGUCGAUACCGAGUCUUCCAGUGGCUCCGAAGAGCCGGAUGCCGAACCACAAAGGGAGGCAAUCUACGUUGCGGUUGUAGACGACAAUUCGGGCCGAGUUAAAGAGACGACAGAUUCCGAGGACGAAACGACGGAAGACGAAACCGGCCAGGAGGAAGGAGAUUCUACGAAUUCAUCAACGGCAUCCGGGAACAAGUCUGCACAACGCAAAGAAAGCAAUACUCCAUUGCCCAACACCCCGGUUACAACCAAGGUAUUGAGCCGGAUUGGAUCGAAUGCACGCGUUCCUCCCUCGCAGAAGCAACUGUCGAGCCCCAUCAAUGGAGAUGAAAAUGGCUAUCAAACAGUGCCGAGUCCCAAUCCCGGGCCCAAAGCUGUAGAAUUGGAGCAAACGCCAUCUUCAAUCAUGCCGCCCAUUGGUAUUCAUGUCAUUGAAGCUACGACGCCCCAAUUGGAAGUUCAACAAACGCCUCCAAGGGCACACGAUGCCAUGGAUGUUGACCAGCAAGACCCCAAAGGAGACUUGCCAGUUCCCUUUUCUCAGCAGAGUCCUUGGGCGGAAAGCAAGCUAUCACAAUACGCAUCAAUGGCAAUGGAUCGACUGCCUACAAUCGAUAGCGCUCAAGAAUCUACUCCGCUGAACAAGACACACGACUCGUUGGCGAUGACAUCUCCAGCAGCUCAGACCCCCUGGACAGAGGGGACGACCCGGAUGCCCAUGAUGGGACAGACACACAUACCAACCACUGCCGAGGAAGAUCACAUGGCAGUUGAUGUGCCAAACACUCCUGAGAUGGCAUUGAAUGCCAAUGCUCAAGUUCAGAACGAGGCUCCGGUUAUCACCCCAGCUCCAGUCGCUCGACCUGCUAUGCCUGAACCGCAGUUUUCCGUCAAGUCAUUCGCUUCGUUCAUGUCUUCUCCCGAAAGCCGCCCUCGUAAAGUCAGACGGGCCAGCUGGAGAGAUUCAGGUUCUCGUCUUCCCAGCACACAGGGCAUUUUGGCCUCGGCGACCAAGAACCCCUGGGAACGCAACAGUUCACAGCGUCGUGUGUCAUGGGCGCCUCUACCUCAUGAAACCGAGGGACAGGAAAGCAUACCGGCAACGCCAACGCCUUUGGCAGUCCCAGCCCGCGCAGCGUCCCCUCCACCCACAACCCCAAUCGAGGACCUCCCUACCUCCGAGGACGCCAAGUUCCGCAAGCACUUCAACGCUGUAGCCCGUCGGAGCAGCAUGGCCCAUGGGAACGCCUUUUACCAGCGCCUACUACCCUCGGAGUCGCAGCGGACAGUCGGAAGUCCUGAACCGGACGCUAUGGCGGAGACGUUUGUCACGGCCGACCAACUCCGACAGAAGCAGCAGCAGCAAAACAGCAACCAGCACCACUUGGCGGAUCACACUAAGAGCGACCGCGAGACGGAUGAGUCACAGGAUCCUCUGGACAUGGUGGAGGACGUUUUCCGCGAGAUGGGCGACUUUCUGGAGAAGUGGGAUGUGGACAACACCAAGACACCCCAACCCGCUCAGGGGCCACAGAGCCCUUGGUGA